GGUAGAUCUCACCAAGUUCACUUCAGCUUUUCGGAGAAAGGGAAGGACACUUAUGAUGGCGGCGGAGAUUCCCUCGAGUGCAACUGUUUAGGGGAAGUCCGCGAAAGCAACUCAAACUGCCAUUGUGAUGCAGCCAAGACGAAAACAUUAUAUACGGAACAUAUUUUGAACGGAAGUUGUUUCAGAAGGAUUUAUUUGAGCGCUGCACCCAUGAUGGAGGCGACAGGAGUUUUUAAGCAGUUGUGACCUCAGGGGAACAUGCUUUGUGUGCGAUGGCACUUGUGGCUUCGGCCCGGGGCUCCACCGUGGGUUUCCUCUCACCAGAGAGUUCACAAGUUGGCCUCGCUGCAAGAAGCCAGAACUCUACCCUCAAAUAAAGUCAAAAGCUUGCUUUACCCCUUUACUGAUGUUGACGCCUACAUGGACAGCUCUGUGGAUAGAACACAGUUCCAGCUUUUCCAUCCAUCUGUCGAGGACAUUCUAAAAGCUGAGAAGCUCUUCUGUCCUUCACCAUCUCAUAAGAUUGAUUACUAUGUGUCAGCUGAGAGGAUGGACCACGCACCUACGCUUAAACAACCGGAGGUGUGUUUCAUCGGCCGAAGUAAUGUGGGAAAGUCAGCGCUUAUCAAAGCACUCUUCUCCUUGAGUCCUAAUGUGGAAGUCAGAAUCUCCAAAACCCCCGGUCACACAAAAAAGAUGAACUUCUUCAGAGUGGGCAAGGCUUUCACCCUUGUGGAUAUGCCAGGUUAUGGACACAGAGCACCCAGAGAUUUUGUGGAUAUGGUGGAACCAUAUCUCUACUCAAGGAAAAAUCUUGUCAGGACAUUCUUGUUGGUCGAUGGCAGCGUUGGUCUUCAGAGGAUUGAUCGGAUUGCCCUUGAGAUGUGUGAAGAGACAAGAUGUCCAUAUGUGAUGGUGGUGACCAAGAUUGAUAAAUGUGGUCGUGGCCGAUUGCUGACAAACCUAUUGAAUUUCCAAGAUGUCAUUAAAAGUGAGACCACAAGCUGCUUCCCCCAGCCAUUUCUGGUCAGCUCUCUUCAGUUUUCUGGGAUCUACCUCCUGAGGUGCUUCAUUGCUCAUGUGACGGGAAAAAUCCAGUUUACGGACACCUCUCAAAACUGAUAAGGUAUUAGCUGUGUUUGUAAGAGUGGGGCUGGGUCUUGGUCAAGGUACUUUCAAGUUAUUCUCUCUUGAGAGACUUCUUUUUAAAAACGCACAGAGUUGAAGAUAUGUUCACCUUUGUAAUGUGUUUCAUAUGUGUGUUUUGGAAAGAAACCUUGUAAAUAUAGUUACACUGGCACAGUUCAACAUGUUUGAAAAGAACCAGCUGCCUACUUGCCUGCCUACCCCUUCUCUGUGGUUCAGCAAUUACUCAGUAUGUAUAUUUAUCUGCUGUGUGUGUUUAAAUGACAUCUGCUUGGUUCGUUUGUUUAUGGCGAUCCUCAAAAAUAUUGUAAAAAAACCCACUGACUGUUCCUGUAUUGUCUACUAUUUUUUUUGCACUACUUUAAACUACAAAGCAAAGGCUGCAAAAAUAAAGGCA